AUGGCUACCGCGCAGGUAGCCGGCGGUCUUCCCGUCGGGCCGGCGCGAGACUCGCCCGGAGAGCCGCCAGCCCAGCCGGGCAAUGGCUUCCGCUGCCUGUCGGCCCGGCUUUGCGCCCUGCGCCCGGAUGACAGCAGCUCGGCUCGCACCGAGAUCCACCUGCUGUUCGACCAGCUCAUCUCCGAGAACUACAGCGAGGACGGCGGCGGAGUGGCCCCGGAGGAUGUCUGUACUCUCCUUGUUCAAGCUUGCCGGCUGGUGCCUCUUAACCAGAAUCAUCUUGUCAGCAAAGUCUCUCAACUUAUCUACCACUUACUUAACAGAUUACAGGUGAUUGUUGAUGAGCAGAAUUUGGAUUUCCUGCUGCCAUAUACUAUUUCAGCUAUUCACCAGUGUAGUUCCUGGACACACUUGGAAAUCCUUCAAGCCUUGGCAGCUCUGGUUUAUUGCAAUGGCUCGAAAUGUCAAAAGUAUCUCCCAGACUUACUAGGCAAGACAGGACUCUUGAUAAAGUUGAGUGACAUGACUCAAUCUGAUCCUGAAAUGAGGAGAGCUGCAGUGCACUGUAUGGCAAACUUAUGUCUCAGUAUGCCCGGACAGCCGUACUUGGAAGAGCCCUACCAGAGCAUCUGCUUCCAAGCUUUCUUGACCACUUUACAGUCUCCUCAGUCAUCUGAUAUGGAUGAUAUCGCUUUUUGCAUGUUGUUACAAAAUGCAUUAAAAGGUAUACAGUCACUUCUGAAUGGUGGGAAGAUGAAGAUGAAGCUGAAACAAAUCGAUGACCUUGGAGCUCUGCUAGCUGUGUUAAAGAAAUUCAUGUUUCAUGGACUACCUGGACUGAACAUAGAGAUGCCCACAGUGCUGUACCCUACUCCACUUCCUCAGUAUGAUGGGAGACCCCCUGUCAAGCCACAGCAACCAGAAUCCAUUACUUCCCGACCAACUCUGAAUAAAAAGAAAAAGUCAAAAGUAAAGCCCAAAAAAAGCCAGCAAGGAGAAGAGGAGGAAGAGGAAGAGUCCAGUGGUGAAAGAGAAGCUGCCCCCAGCCUGGGUGUUUCAAGUGUGGCAGUAGAUGCAAGUGGAGCUGCAGGAAAAGUCCAAAUCUCCUCACCCUCGAGUUCUUCGAACUGGAAGAGGGUCAGCAGUAGUGAGUCGGACUUUUCUGAUGCUGAAGGAGGCAUGCAGAGUAAAAUUAGGUCUUACCAGGCCAGAGUUCGCCAAGGAGCAUUAGCUUGCUUUCUUUCUACAAUAAAAUCAAUUGAAAAAAAAGUCCUCUAUGGCUACUGGUCAGCCUUUGUUCCUGAAACACCUGAGCUGGGAAACCCCCAGUCUGUGUCCUUGAUGACCCUGACACUAAAAGACCCUUCUCCUAAGACUCGUGCCUGUGCUCUGCAAGUUUUAUCUGCCAUCUUGGAAAGUUCAAAGCAGUUUCUUUCUGUGGCUGAGGACACCAGUGACCACAAAAGGGCUUUUACUCCCUUUUCUGUGACCAUUGCUUCCAGCAUUCGAGAGUUGCAUCGGUGUCUUUUGCUGGCUUUGGUAGCUGAAUCAUCCUCACAGACCCUUACUCAAGUCAUUAAGUGCCUUGCAAAUUUAGUAUCGAAUUCACCUUAUAACCGUCUGAAACUCAGCCUGCUGUCCAAAGUCUGGAACCAGAUAAAGCCUUAUAUUCAUCAUAAAGAUGUUAAUGUUCGUGUGUCCAGCCUCACACUCUUGGGAGCCAUCGUGUCCACUCAUGCACCUUUACCUGAAGUCCUGCUGCUCUUACAACAGCCCUGUUCUUCUGGGCUCAGUAGUAGCAGUUCAGGGACUCCUGACUGGUGGAAGAAAUCCCCGUUGGGAUCUAUACGGGAUGAUCCAUCGGUGAGCUCCCCUCAAGGCUGUGCAGAGCCCUGCUGGCUGAUCCGACUUUGCAUUUCCACUGUUGUGCUGCCCAAGGAGGACUUGUGCUCUGGGAGUGAUGCAGGUUCUGCAACAGGAAUCAUCUAUAAACCAUCCCCUAUGAGACUGGAGGCCUUACAGGUCUUGGCUCACCUGGCAAGGGGUUACUUUUCCAUGACUCAGGUCUACCUGAUGGAGCUUGGAGAGGUGGUUUGCAAGUGCUUGGAGGAAGCAGAUCCUUCUAUCCAGCUUCAUGGAACAAAGCUUCUGGAAGAGUUGGGCACAGGCAUAAUUCAACAGUAUAAAUCAGAUUCUACCACAGCACCUGCUCAGAGAGUGCCAGUUACCUUGGUGGUAGCUUUCUGGACAAUGAUGCUGAAUGGUCCUUUGCCCAGAGCCCUGCAGAAUUCGGAACACCCCACUCUGCAGGCGAGUGCCUGUGACGCCCUGUCUUCCAUCUUGCCAGAAGCCUUCGAUAAUCUGCCGAAUAACAGGCAGAUUAUGUGCCUCACAAUGCUGCUGGGGCUGAAUGACAGCAAGAAUCACCUAGUAAAAGCAGCCACCUCUCGGGCCCUUGGUGUCUAUGUGCUUUUCCCUUGCCUGCAACAGGAUGUCAUCUUUGUGGCAGACACGGCAAAUGCAGUUUUGAUGUCACUUCAAGACAAGUCUGUGAAUGUCCGGGCCAAAGCAGCCUGGUCCUUGGGCAACCUGACAGACACUCUGCUCAUCAACAUGAAUAGGGAUUCAGCAGACCCAGGUUUCCGGGAAGAGUUUUCUGGUCUUUUACUCUUGAAGAUGUUGCAGUCAGCUAUAGAAGCUUCCAAGGACAAAGACAAGGUGAAAAGCAAUGCAAUCCGUGCCCUUGGAAACUUACUUCAUUUCUUGCAACCAUCUCAUAUAGAAAACCCCAGGUUUGCUGAAAUCAUUGAGGAGACUAUCCAGACCCUAAUUUCCACUGUUCUGGCAGAGGCUGCCAUGAAAGUUCGAUGGAAUGCGUGCUAUGCGAUGGGGAAUGUAUUUAAAAACUCAGCUCUCCCUUUAGGAACAGCUCCGUGGACCUCGCAGGCCUACAACGCCCUGACCUCAGUGGUGACAUCAUGCAAGAACUUCAAAGUGCGCAUCCGAUCAGCCGCAGCCCUUUCUGUUCCAAGCAAGAGGGAUCACUAUGGGUCUGUGGGCCAGUACGCCCACAUCUGGGGUGCACUGGUCAUGGCCUUGCAGAAGAGUGAAGACACUACAGACUUUUUGGAAUUCAAAUACUGUGCCAGUCUGCGGACCCAGAUCUGCCAGGCGCUGAUUCACCUUUUGAGCUUGGCCAUUGCCUCAGACCUGCCCUUCAUCAGAGACUCCCUUGAAAUAAAUGGGGACUUGGUCCAUUCCUAUAUCCUGCAUUUUUUGAAGUCUGGAGCAGAGAGAGAUGACACUGGAGCAUCCCACAACUCCCAGGAAAGAGCCCAGAUGGUCCAGGUAGCCCUGGAACAUGUUCGCUGUGUUCAGGCCCUGCCUGGAGACACAUCCAAAAGCACCGUGGUGAGCUUUUUAGAAACUGUCCUGACUCAGCAUUCUCACGCGUCUGCAUCACCAGCAGCACUGCUGGAAUCAACAGAUCAGUGAUGUUCUCUCUCCUUUCCAGGUGUCAGCGGGAAGUAGGAAGUCUACAUGGAACUUCAGAUAUAUGGGAUUUACUUUUAGGGAAAGAAGGUGGCCCUCCACUCUUUAUUGAG